AACCUCCACACACCAAAGACUCGUUUGGUUGUGUCACGGACUCGAUUGUUACCGAGGAAUUCAGACCCCUUUGGGCGCACUUUAAUUUACGAAAAACUAGUGCGCCGCUGUUACACACAUUGCAGCCUGUGUAGCACGUAGCAGAUUUUAAGACACAGUUUUGUGUUGUCACGUCACGGAAUAAACACAUUUGCGGAUCCUUAAGUGUAACCGAGGUGUUAACAAUGCUGGAGGACGGUGAGGAACAGAAGACGAGCGAAUCAGAGCCUGGGAUUCAGACACAUCAGCUGUGUCGCUUCUUCUCUCAAGGCAGACACUGCAACUUUGGGAAGAAAUGCAGAUUCCUACACGUACGAGAUGAUGCUGCUGCAGCUCAUGAGAAGAAAACCACCAGGACACCCAGCCAAUCAGAGGUACCUGGAGGAAAUGUGGGUCACAGGCCUCCUCCCACUAGCAGCUCCAGGUUAGCCCCGGCACCUGGCCGCCGGCCCUGUCGCUACUUUGUCUCAGGCCACUGCACCAUGGAAGACAGAUGUCGCUUCUGGCAUCCGCCACAGUUACUCCCGGUAGAUGACCAGCCUAUUCCUGGCAAUCACACAAGACCUAUGCAAAAGAUGCCACCAGUACCUCGUCCUAGCAUCCUCCAGGAGGUGAAGCUGUGUGACCUGACAGAGGAUGUCGCCAAGCAGCUACGAGACACUGAGAUCAGGCAGCUGAAGAAGCGUUUUCCCAAAGGCCAGUUGAUCGUUCAGGAACGAAGUGAUGGCAAAGUUACUUAUUACAGGGCGACUGUAGGGUCCACCGAUCCAGACUGGCCUUUUGAUCUGAAAGACAUUGCCAUCAUGGUGAGCUUCCCAGACAGUUACCCCCAGGAGAUUUUCACAUUGGAUAUACCAUUGGACCAGGAUCUGCCACCAGUAAUGGCAAGACACGUACAAGAAGAAUCACUGGCGUGGCUUCAAGCCAAACAUGCAACUAAUCAGCUCCUGGGAAAGGUAGAGCUGCUCUUCCGGCCUUUUCUUCGCUGGCUAGAUCGUAGUUUGGAAAGACUGUUCACUGAAGGAGCCAGACAGUUGAAAAAAGACAUUGACUUGGAAAAGGCUGGAUUGCAGUUCAUAUCAUACCAGGAGCUCCAGGCAACAGUGUGUGAAAAAUCUGCCGACGACCAUUCAUCUUCCACUGAUGCUGCUGCUUCAGAUGCAAAUGAGGAUGUCAGGGAUGAAGGAAAACUGGAAAAGACUGAAAGUGAGAGGACAAUGGAGGGAAGGAAGUUAAUGCAGCAGGAUAGUCCAGAUUGUAAUGAAGGGCAGCAGCAGCAACAGGAAGAGGUGGAGGAAGCCAAUCAUCUGGUGGAGAACAUAAAGAUCAAUGAUCCCCGCAGAGGCACAGAGAUAAAGCUGCUGGGACUGAGGCUGGGUGAGAACACAGCUACCGUAGUGGCACAACAAAUCACAGUUUGUCUUCAGUGUAACAGGUGUAAGGUAACAGCAGACCUAACACUGAAUGGAAGGACACCCUGCACAGCUCAGUGUGAAAAGUGCAAUGCAAGCAUCAGUGCUGCAUUCAGGCCCUGCAUGCUGCACCAUUACAGUGAUGUCCUGGGAUACCUGGACCUUCAUAAUGCUACACCUGCUGACCUUGUGCUUAAGGAGUGUGACCUCACUGUAGGGUGCCUCAGCUGCUCCCAGGAUGGCCCUGUGCAGAACUUUUCCUAUGGUCAAACAAAGGAGUUUAAUUGUGAACACUGCCACAGCAAACUCAGUAUUCUGGCAGAGAGCACAAGAUUCCAGUAUAUUCAGCCACGCACCAACAAAACAGGUCCAAGUGCCAAUGCCGUUCAUUAUAAGACGAUAAAAGAUCCCGCUGUGCAAAAGGGGAAACCACUGCCAGAAAAAGGAACAUGCAAGCAUUACAAACAGAGCCAUCGUUGGCUUAGGUUUCCCUGCUGUGGUCGGGCUUACCCCUGUGAUGUUUGCCACGAUGAGGACCAGGACCACCCCAUGGAACUGGCCACCCGGAUGAUCUGUGGCUACUGUGCCAAAGAACAGCCAUAUGGCAAUGGAAAACCCUGCAACAGUUGUGGAAACAUGAUGACAAGAGGUGCACGCACCAGCCACUGGGAGGGAGGACUGGGAUGCAGAAACAAAAUAAAAAUGAACAGAAAUGAUCGACAAAAAUAUGUCAACACCAAUAAGACGGUUUCAAGGAAAGCAGCUAGUGAAAAAAAGUAGUUGGGGAAAUAGAAGAAGAGGAGCAUCAUCGCCUUCACCUUAAUUUGUGAAAAAAAAAGCAUGAUUUCAAUGAAAUUGUCUAUUUUCUCCAAUAAAUCAUGUUGUUAUGAUCA